AUGGGAAAUGUACUCAGUAGUGCUUCAACAAGAGAGGAUAACGCAGAAUCCGUCAAUAUUGGAAGCGUAACAAUGGAUACAAAUGUUCCCAGUGAUGUUGAAAAAUGGGAAGGAACUGAGAAAGUAAAUGAAAAUGAAGCUAGAGCUCGAGCCAAAGAAGAAGAAAUGAAUGAGUUUAAAAAACAACUUAGCUUGAAACGUGAACAAAGAAGAGAAAUUCUUGCUCGUCAUCGAGCUGAAAAGGAAGAAUUGGAAAGAUCGUUGCAAAGAGAAAAAGCUGCCGUAAUUGAGUUAUGUGAAAGCAACAAAAUACUCCGCGAAUUGUUAACUUCAAACAGUAUUGAAAUACCAAAAAAUCUGCAGACUGAUAAAGGGGAGUCUGCGCUCACAGAGACCUUAUUAAAAAUGAGGGAAGAGUUUAUUUUAAUAAAAGUAAAUAAUACUCAGCUGAGAAAAGAUCUAGCUGAAACAAACAGUGCCUUACAAAGUGCUUAUUCCGAUAUAGCAGAUCUAAAUUAUCAAAACACUGAAUCUAUGAAACAGAUUCAAGCAUUAAAGGAAGUCGUUUCGGUUAGUAAAACCAUGAUUAAUCUUCGAGAAGAACAAUUAAAUGAGCUGAAGAAUAAGCUAAAUGAGAUAGAACGAACCGUGGCCGAUAGAGAAACAAAUCUUCUAUCAGCUGAUCUACGUCAAGAAUAUGAGCGACAAUUGCAGAACAUUAGAACAUUACGAGGCCUGUAUGAAGAGAGGGCGCGACUAGCGGAAGUAACAAGACAAGGGCUGGUUCGGGAACUGGAUGAACACAAAGUAUUACAUCAGGUGGAAGUUAAAAAAUGUAAAGAUCUCGUGGAAAAAGUUGAAGAAUUGGAAUCAAGAAUAGAUUCAUUAAUUGAAACCAUAGAAACAAAAAAUUCACAAAUAUCGUCAUGCCAAGAAGAAACAAAUGGACUGAGAGCAGAAAUGGCCGUUGUAAAUAAACUUUUUUCUCAAGUAUUACUUGGUAACAAAACAAAGCAAGAUUUGGACAUGUUAGCACAUAGGCUAGAAGAAAAUCAUGGUAUCCUUACACAAAUGGCCGAAAGAGAAAACGGGUCAGAAAUGUCGUCGGCUCUACCCAAACUACUAUUAGAAUUAGUGAGUCAAGUGGAUGAACGCGAGGAUUGUAGUACAGAAGAGCCUUCCACAACGGAUCAUAAAUCAUCAGACACAGAAAUUGCGACAAAUCAAGAGUCAGAUUCUCUAAAAGCCACUACAUCUGUCGAAGAUAUUGUAGAGAAACUACCAAAAGUUUGGAAAGUACUCAUAGAACUUUUGAGUCAUCAAAAUAGAUCUGAUGUGGACUCCUCGGAAAAGGUUACAACGUGUUAUAAAUCCGUUAAUACAGCGUCAGGACCCGUUCUAGUGCCAAGCGUUAGUCAGACAUACAUCAGACUUAAGGAUCUUAUAAUAGAAAAAUUGGGUCUCAUUAAAGAGGUCAAUCGUAUGAAACAACUCAAUACUCACCUGGAAACGCGUUUAGAAGAACAAGAGCGCAGACUCUGUCUUGUCACUAGUGAGUUAAGCAAAACAUGGCAUGUUGUGGGACGAUUACGAAGGCAUCAUCAUCAGUUACAUACACAUGAAAAAAUACUUAAAUACGAAUUACAACAGAAAAGAAAACUAUUGAACGAACUUAAAGAGGAGCUGGAAUACUGCCGAGAAAAAUGGGAACAAGCACGAGAGAAGAAUACACAAUCAGAAAAAGACUGGAGAAACCUUAGAGCCGAGUUCUCAAGUAGGAAAACUAAAUUAGGAUCUCCACCUUUUAAUAAUUCCGGGGAAAGUGGAUACAGUGACGAACGACCAUCAGAUGAAUCAUCCGAAUCAAACGAUGAAAGUGAAUAUGUCGCUGAACCGCUCAUGAGAUGCAAGAAAAAAGUUAGGAAAUCUUUUGAAACUAUUAUAGACUCUAGCACCGAUAUCAACUUAGCUGCGGAACGGGAAGAUCCUACCAGUGAUAUGCUGGAUGUAGCCGAUUUGCCUUUGGACACCCAAGAAAGUGAGGAAACUCAUGCCUCAUUAUCGGAGCCUAGUAAGAGUGAAAUAUUUUCAAAGCAUGAAAAAAUAUGCGAAGAGACUGAAGAUGAAGUGGCUGAUAUAACUCAUGACGACUCUGGUCCUGAAGAAGAGAUUUUGGAAAAUGCAUUCAGUGGGCACACACAUACUUUUUAUGAUACUGUCGAAGAAAACAAACUAAUUCCAUCAUCCAUUUCUUUAACAAUUUCAAAAAAUAUUAAAUGGACCGAUGAAAUAGUCUUACAAGAACAGGAAAGGUCAGAUCAACCGGAAUGUAGUACUGCUGCUCUAAGAAAAGAAACUGAUACAACAGUUAAAACUGAAGAGCAAUUAACUAGCAUGCUGGAUAAUCUCUUUACUCAUCCUAGUGAUUCGAACAAUAUUGAAAUCGAAAAUGUGUCUACUGGUAUAGUAUCUGAAUUAGACACACAUUUAGAAAAUACUAAAUCAAAUGUCUUGGAACAUAAGGAAUGUAUUUCAGAACAUGUCAAUAUAGAAAUCACGGAAAACCAACGAAACUCUGGCAACUCUCAACAAACUUGCGAAGAACUAUCAACUCCAGACUUCAAGGCUAUAUUAGAAAAUGUAAGAAAACAAAACGAGAGACUUGCAAAAAAAGAUAAAAGAUUGAAACAAUUGGAGAAAGACUGUUCUGUUGUAGUAAAAGAUAUGUCUAGUACUCUAAAUUCAGGAGACAGAAUAAUUGAAAAGCUAGACAGUCUGCACAAAAAGCAAAAAUGUUACACUGCAGAAGAAGAACAAUCAAAAGAAGAUAGCCCUAUUUUGGAAAGAGAAGAAGCAGGCCCAUCGACGUCAAAUGAGAUAGACCAUGAAGCUCGUUUUGCAGCGCGUGAUCUUCGGUUGAAAAGAUUAGAAGAACAGACGAAGUCACUUGUGAAUAAAGUAAACAAAACUACAUCCAAAGGCAUCAAGAUUAACUACAAAUUAGAAGAAUUACAUAAUAUUUACGGUUCAGAAAAUUCUAGAGCGGGCACUCCAUCUGAGGAAAAUGAAGACAAGAACAACGAGUCAGCAGACGAGGAAUGA